CAGCAAAAAUAACAAUGAAGUUUCUCCGCUGUCUUCUUGCGUUUCAGUUCUUGGUCUUGUUGCUUGGUCGCGAUGUCAGUUCAUUGAGCAUUAACAACGAAGACAUCGAGGCUAAUGUGAUUGAUAAACGUAAUCCAGCUUCAAAGAAAAGCUCCGAGCAGUGCGGUAAGAACGAGCUGUACAACACCUGCGCAUCCGGUUGCGAGAGAAGCUGCGACGAUGUAAACAACGACGACCGUUCGUCGGGCGAACGUUGCGCGAGUCCAGCAGUUUGUGCUAAGAGGUGCGUUUGCAGAGAGAGCUACGUGCGCGACAAAAGCAGCAAUGGUAAAUGCAUUCGCGUACAGGAGUGCCCGCGCGUCAAACAUUAACCACCGUCUUUCGAUGGGUUUCAAUAGUA